GGAGAACAAUGCUGCGCCUAGCCCGCAGAGCCUCGCGGUGCCGCGCCCUGGGGCGGGCCUUCCUGUGGCCUGCCGGGAAAUGUAGUGUCUGAAGCCCGCCCGCACCGCCUCGCCAGUCGCCGGCUGGGCGCCCCGUGCAACUACAAGUUCCAUCACGCUCCGCGAGGCCUUGAUCUCCAGGCUUUUGCAGGGAAGGGAGUGGGACGAACAUGGCUGAAGGCAGUCGGGGUGGCCCAACGUGUAGCCUGGUGGGUGGCAGGCAGGACCCAGUUUCCGGCAGUGGCGGCUGCAGCUUUCCAGAGUAUGAGCUUCCCGAGCUAAGUACGCGCGCUUUCCAUGUGGGCGCCUUUGGGGAGCUGUGGCGGGGCCGUCUGCGCGGUGCCGGGGACUUGUCACUAAGGGAGCCGCCGGCAUCCGUGCUGCCAGCGAGUCAGGGGAGCGCUGACUCUGACCGGGAGGAUGCCGCGGUGGCCCGGGAUCUGAACUGCAGCUUGGAGGCGGCGGCUGAGCUGAGGACGGUGUGCGGCCUGGAUAAACUGAAAUGCCUUGAGGACGGUGAGGAUCCAGAAGUCAUUCCCGAGAAUACUGACCUGGUGACUUUGGGGGUUAGAAAAAGGUUCUUGGAACAUCGGGAAGAAACCAUUACAAUAGAUCGAGUCUGCAGACAAGAAACAUUUGUUUAUGAGAUGGAGUCACAUGCCAUGGGAAAAAAGCCUGAAAAUCCAGCAGACAUGAUAGAGGAAGGGGAGCUUAUCCUAUCUGUGAAUAUCUUGUACCCUGUUAUAUUUCAUAAGCACAAAGAACACAAACCAUACCAAACAAUGCUGGUAUUGGGCAGUCAAAAGCUCACAGAACUGAGGGAUUCAAUUUGCUGUGUCAGUGACCUCCAGAUUGGUGGUGAAUUCAGCAACACUCCUGACCAAGCCCCUGAGCACAUCAGCAAAGACCUAUACAAAUCAGCCUUUUUUUAUUUUGAAGGAACAUUUUACAAUGAUAAAAGAUACCCAGAAUGCAGAGAUUUGAGCAGAACUAUCAUUGAGUGGUCAGAGUCCCAUGAUAGAGGCUAUGGAAAGUUUCAGACUGCCAAAAUGGAAGAUUUUACCUUCAACGACUUAUGUAUUAAGCUGGGUUUUCCUUAUUUAUACUGCCAUCAGGGAGACUGUGAACAUGUCAUUGUCAUUACUGACAUAAGGCUUGUGCAUCAUGAUGACUGCUUGGAUAGGACACUGUAUCCCCUCCUUAUCAAGAAGCACUGGCUAUGGACCAGAAAAUGUUUUGUUUGUAAAAUGUAUACAGCUAGAUGGGUGACGAACAAUGACAGUUUUGCACCAGAGGACCCAUGUUUCUUUUGUGAUGUUUGCUUCCGAAUGCUCCACUAUGAUUCAGAAGGCAACAAACUGGGGGAAUUCCUUGCUUAUCCUUAUGUUGAUCCUGGAACCUUUAAUUAAGAAUAGCUACACACACAGAAGUACCCCCUCAUGAAGUAACUGUUCCCUUGGAUGGUUACCUUAUUUCUAAGAAACGCCACUGAGGAACAGGAUCCACUUUGAACAGUCUGUUAAAGCUACCAAAAAAAUGUCCAAAUCACAGAUAUUCUUAUAAUGAUUGUAUUUAAAUGUUAAUAACAUAUUAAUUUCAUAUUUAUUCCGAAGUGUAUUUUUUCAGUGCUUUUCACCCAUUUUGAGUUAUUUAAGUUGUAUUACUUUAUGUAGUUUGGCUAUAAAUCCUUUGUCAGUCACACAUAUUCUUUGACUCAAUCCAUGCCUUCCCUAUUCAUCUCUGUCCAGUGUUUUUUGCUAAGGACAGAAUUAAUGAUACAUCAAGUAGUAGAAGUGUUCAGAAAAUUCUCUGAAGAAUAUGAGAGCUACACCUCCUACCAUGAGGCUUCCAAGGUUGUAUUUAAAUUUGACUAUCUGGAUGGCUAUGAACAGACAUUUAUCAUAUAAAUGGAAAACUGACGAAACCUAUAAGCCUAUAUGUUUAAAAGAUUGACAGUGAAGUAUGUUUUAUGGACUUAAAUGCCACAUAUCCAGUUAAGUCCAUGGCUUGGAGAUGACAAGCACUUGUUUCUGGUAUGUCUAGUGCUCUCAUUCAUUGAUUCAGUCCAUACACAGAUCAGUAUAGAGAACUCAGAGGCUGAGUUGUACCUAAAUUUUUACUUUCUUGUAUAAAACAGUGCUAAAUUGAGCAUAUUGGUAACUGCCAGCAAAUCAUAAAGAUAAAUAUUUACCCAACCCCAAAAUUCCACAGGUAAAAGUUUUGAUUCCUUUUUAAUACUGCAUUCCUUAUAGGUCUUACAUGAAUAUGCAAGGACAUUUUAUUCAUUUUCAUUUCAUACUGUCAAAACACCAAACUCCAGAACGUUAAUUAUUGCCAUAAUGCAUUAUUCUGUGUGUAGUGUCAAUUCAUUUUAGUGGACAAAGAAGAAAUAUGCCAGUUAAAACAUUUCU